CUUCCGAGACCGCCGUACACCGGUACCCUCUUCGGGAGGCCAUCCGGCAUGGAGAAGCGGAACUCUGCCAGCAUAUCCUCCUUCUUGUCAGAGGAGCAGUUCCUGUGCUCCAUCUGCCUGGACGUCUUCACCACCCCUGUCUCCACCCCCUGUGGUCAUAGCUUCUGCAUGGCCUGCAUCAGCAAAUACUGGGAUAAAGACAGGAGCUACCAGUGCCCUAUAUGCAAGGAGACCUUCGGGCAAAGACCUGAGCUUCACGUCAACAGCACCCUGAGGGAGAUCACUGAGCAGUUCAAGUGCAUGCUUGGGCCUGACAUGGGCAUGGUCACAGGGCACCGGGGGGGUGUCCCCGAGAGGCGACCCCCCAUGCAGGCCGAGCUGUCUAGUGACCUUCUUGCUGAAAUGAAGGCUCGCUUUCAAAAGAUUUCGCAAACAGCUGGAGACACCCAAGCCAAAGUGCCACCACCUGUCUCCAGGAGAUCGUCUUUGGGCAGCCCAGCUGUCAGCACAGAGGUUUCCAUUUGCUAUAGGCACAACCAGCGCUUGGAUAUCUUCUGCCGCACUGACCAGGUGUGUAUCUGCACAGUUUGUUUGGAGAACGAGCACAGGACUCACAGCGUGGUGCCAGCUAAGAGGGAGUGUCUCAUCAAGAAGUCUCAGCUUGGCAUCCUGGACGUGGAAUUAAGGGACAUGAUCCAGAGCAGGCUAAAGAAGGUGGAGAACUUCAGGAUGUCUCUGGAUAGCCUCCAGGCAACGGCAGAGCAGGAAACAGCGGGCAGCACGCAUAUGUUCACAGCCCUGAUCAGCUCCUUAGAGAGAGCACAGGCAUCGCUGCUUGAGAACGUCGAGAUGGAACGUCUCGCAGCUGAGCGGCAUGCAGGAAGCCUCAUCCAAGACCUGGAGCUGGAAAUUGCCGAGCUGAAGAAGAGGAGUAUGAGCAUCAGGGAGCUCUCACAGUCUGAAGACGAAGUCCACUUCCUUAAGACUUUCCCAGCCCUGUGCACACCAGUGCAGACCAAAGAAUGGGGCCCUGUCACGGUGUCCCCUGACCUGCAGUCAGCGGCCGCGGUGCAGCAGGUGUCCCAGCUGGUGGAGUGCUUCCAGCGAGAGAUGACGAAGCUGCUGAACACGAGUGAGGUAGCAGAAACAGAUUUUUCUAGUCCAGCAAGCCGCAGCCUUGUGAGAUACCAACCAAAGAUGAAGAGGGUAGAAGAGUAUGCCGUUGAUGUCACACUGGACCCCAACACCGCCCACCCUCGGCUCAUCCUCUCAGAAGAUGGCAAGCGGGUGCGGUGUGGCGACCGACACCAGCUGGUGCCCGACAUGAAACAGCGCUUCGAUCGCGUGGUCUGUGUGCUGGCUCACCAAGGCUUUUCUGCUGGCCGCCACUACUGGGAGGUGGAGGUGGGUCUGAAGACAGACUGGGACGUGGGAGUGGCCAGCUGCUCCAGCAACCGCAAAGGCAAGAUCACGGUGAGCCCCAGCCAGGGCUACUGGUUCCUGAGCCUGAGGGACAGGCAGGAUUAUGCCUUCCGGACGGAGCCCCCCACCAAUUUGGGCCUCAGCACUAAGCCUCACAAGAUUGGUGUCUUCGUGGACUAUGAUGUGGGGCAGAUCUCUUUCUACAACGCAGAUAUCAAGUCUCACAUCUACACGUUCAUUGACACUUUCUCUGACAGCAUCUACCCAUUCUUCAGCCCCUGCACUAACAAGUCGAGCAAAAACGACGCCCCACUAAUCGUUACCCCAAUCACACUGCUGGACUGACACAGCAUGUUCAUGAUUAAUAAAUAAAAAAGGAAUUAUGCUGAUAUUCUCACAGCCCAUGCCUGCUGGUCAAUUCACAGUGGAUUUGUAGUGAUGUCACACACAGCUAAGAUAUAUUUAUGACAGCUUAAGGAUAGUCAGAAGGUAGAAUAGUACUAUGUACAUGUCAAAUUGAUACAACUUUGAACAUAUAUUCAGUGGCUGCUUUAUUAGGUAUGCCCAGUUGGUACCUUUUGCCUUCCAAAUUUCUUCUUCUGUGUGUUCAGAGGCACUUGUGGCCUGUUAGCUGUGAUGUCUGACCAUUCUCUUCUGACCUCACACAGUACCAAGGCUCUUUCUGCCACGCCAGAUCGAAAAUCAGGUGAUUUAACUUUUCUGAGGCUUAGCCAAACCAUGAAUGAAACUGUUGACCCUGUUCACGUGUAUGUAUUCAGCGUCAGUCAACAUUUGCUGUUUGCAAUAACCAGCAGGUGUCGCUAAAAACUGGCCACUGAAUGUAAACGGCAGUUUAAUAUGUUAUACUUUACUUACACUACACUGUUCGGUAGGUUUAUGCACAUAAGAAAGAGACAAAAUAAGUGGAAAAUCCCCGGAAAGCAGCUGACUUGUAAGAUGCAUACAUGGUUUAUGAAGUACUUUUCAGCAAUACAAUAUUAAUGUGAUAUACUGUGCAUUUUAUUAUAAAACCGCCAAAAUAUAUCAUUGUGAAUUAAAAUACAGAAAAUCAAA